UUCUCUUAUUUACGCAUAGGUGGUUAACAAUGCAAUUGUUCUUAUACUAGUGUAGCCAUAUAAUCGUUAUAUUUUUUCAUGCAUUUAUAUUUUAAUGUUAGCAUCUAAAUUAUAUAAUUAAUUAUAGAAUAAUAUAUAAUUAAUUUAAAUACUGUGAGAGAAAAAAGGAUUAUAGCUUUAAAAAAACUGAAUGGCGAUUUAUGAAGUUUUUUCUCAACCUAUUCUAAUUAAAUAUAAAACUAGUAUUUGCUCGAAAACAACAUUUGCCUGUCUCGUUAUUAAUUUGUUAACGUUACUUUGUCCAUUUUUCUUAACCUUCUACAGUCAAGGUUUUUGGAAAAAAAUUGAUGUCUAUAGAGAGCAACCUGAUGUUUCAUUUAAGCACCAAAUGCUUCUACUUCUUGAAACUCAAUCACCAGAUGAACUCAUAUUUUGGAGUACAUUUAAACAGUUGAAUCAGUUAAUGAAUCACGAAUUAUUGCUGACAGUGCCAUUAGUUGAACAUAGGGAAGAAGAUCAUAACAGAGAUGGUAAAAAAGAUGAGCUUGUAAUGACAAUUGAUGUGCCUUUGUUACCAAAAAAGAAAAUUGUGUCUGUUAAGCUUCUUUUGAUGUUUGACUACAAAUUGUAUUUAUAUUCAGCUUUUUCUAUGGAGUGUGCAGCUUACAUACAAUACAGCACAUCUUUACCAGGUUCAUCAUUUAGUACAUUUGGCGAGCUGUCUUUAAUGCAGAGGCAACCAUUAAGGCAUGCAGGAAAAGAUGAUAGAUUUAAUAUUCCUGUAUUAGACCUUUCUAAAUCAGAGAUGCCAUCAACAAGUUUAGAAAAUAUUUUGUUGGAAUAUAUGAGAAGAAAUGUUACAACUUCAUUGAAAAAUACAUAUUCUAUAUGGGAAGCUGGCCAUGCAGCAAAUGGAUCUUUCAAAAUAAAUGUGGUCAUCUUAUACCCCGAAGAAACCAUUUUGUUUAAAGUUGGCUUCUGGCAACUUUGGAAAUUGGCACUCGUGCAGUACAUAGCAGUUUUUUUCAUACUGUCUUCAAUAUGUAAAAAAAUAAAGACGUAUCUUUUUCAGAAACAAUUUUUAUCAUCUAUUGUAAUCAAUCCAAUGAAACAAAAAGUAUGACUUUUGUGGAGUCAAUGGUAUAUAUUUUUGUGUAUUCUGUAUUUUUGAAAAGUUUAAUAAAAUAACUCAAUAUUUUACAACCUG